UUUUUCUAACCAAUGCCAUACAACCAGUGAUCAAAAUGAAGCAUUUCCUGUACAUAAUUCUGAUCUCGAUUCUACUCAGCAAACAUUAUGGUUUGACGCACGUUAUCCGGAAACGACAGCUAUUCCGUGAGCAAGUCCUUCCACAUGCCGGCGGUAAAAUUCCGGAUUCGGCCUUUCACACCGAUCGGCUCGCGUUAAACCAUCUCCAGCGGGAGGGUAUUGCCGUCCCGGAUGGGGUACUGCUGGAGCAGAGGCGCCACCAGGUCCACCAGCAUCCAUAUCGGUCCUCUCGACCGACAUUCCUGGUGGCGCAGAGCUCGGACGGCCGGUAUACCUCGCCGGCCGGGGCGUACGGCCACAACGACAUUGAAGCCGUAGAAAGCACCUACUCCGUUCCCAUGCCGUGGGAGCAGGAUCUGUACCAAAAACAUACGGCCAACUACUACCGCGGUCUUCCACUGGCUGUGCCGGUAUUCAAGGAACUUCGGUUACCGCACCAUUCGGUGUUUAACUUCGACUAUAGUCAUAGUAAAAAUAAGCUACAACCAUCGCUAGUGAAGCGACCAGUGCCAGUGCAUUCGACGGUGCCUGCAGUAUCCAGUUAUGGGGCCCCGGUGGGUCCCUUCCAGUUCCACGAACCUCCGAAACCCAGUUUAUCUCUAACACCGCAGAACUAUGUCAGUUAUCACGCAGCUUUGGGUAACUUGCUAAGUUAUCAACCAGCUUUCGCGUACGGUAACGACUGGAACAAGCACUGGGGCCAACCUGCCGCUUUUCACCACGGCCUUUUGUCUAACCCACUUAGCAGUUUCGAGGACUUUUACGGUGAUCCCGGCGGCAAACAGCGCUAUUACCGAAAUGUGAACCUGCAGCAGCAAGGUUCGUCCGGAGCGGCAAAGGAUAAGGUGCACCCGUCGCGGUUCCCCACUCCGGGUCGGCCCCGGCAGCAGGCAACCCCGCCACGGAACGGAGGACGGAAGCUACUGCCAUUGUUAUCACCGACGGUGGCAACAGCGUCGGUAUCUUCCACGCGGACAACCACUUGAAGAUGCUCGUUAGUGUGAUGUUACCUUUCAUCAGCUGCUCUUCACUUUCUCGUCGCUAACCUAUAAAUCUGUAAAUCCUAGCUCCUGUCGUCCUUUCCGCCGACCGGCCGGCGGCGCCAUCCGUCGUUCGUUCGAUUUAAAGUGCGUGACUGUGUGCGUGUGUACGUGUGCGCGCACAGUAACCUCCUCGAGAUGGUCAAAUCCUGUCCUGAUGGAUAUCGGCGAGAAGUCGUGGAGAGGAACACGGAGGUGAGGCUCUACGCACAGCGCCCGACGAAAUACAGACCAAAAGUUUAAUCCUCUAGAAGCGUAAUCGCAACCGUUUUGCCAGUAGUAAUCCUACUUUGCUAUAAAAUUAUCCCUUUUUAUCGGGGCAAAGUAUUUUGUUGAGGCUCGCAAUUUGCUCAUUUUUUUUCCUUCUUCCUUUCGAAUGCUAGCUAGUGACUACGACUACGACUAGGGCCGUAUCGCUUUGGUCAGUUUAUUUGUGUUUUACGGCUCGACAUUGUUUGAUGAGUUUUUGCUGAGCUUUCUUAAGUUUAGGUCGAGCACCGACCGAAGGUACCUGCUAUUUCUUUGAAGCUGAGCGCUGCUCUGAGAUUUAAAACAUCAUUCGCCAGUAAACUGCACACUGUGCACUGGAUUAGAUUAGGCCUAAGUGUUUUUAUUUGUUAUGAAUCUGAUUGAAGUCGCCGUACAAGUUUGAUUAAAUAAUAAAGCUUUACUG